AUGGCCUUGGGGUAUGGAUGGAACCCACCAGCUUUUAUCUUUACAAGGUGGCAAUUCACCGCGCGGCCUGUUCGUCUGCCCACAUUGCCAUUGCGCAUUAUACCCUUCCUCCUCGCCAGCCUCGUUGGGCGCUCCAACGUGCCCGCCACAGUCCAUGUGCUGCCUAAUCUCCGAGCACGAGACAUCCCCCCGCUGAGCUGCUGCUGGACACCUGCUGGGCACCACCGUUGCACUUACUUCUCCCGCUCCCCAGUCCCAGCCACACAGGACAACAGUGCCCUCGAACGCUCCCUCCUCCCUCUCCCCAUUACUAAGCCCGAGUGCGCGUACCCGUCUGUCGCCAUGCCGUCGAUUCUCUCGGAUGAGGACAAGCAGACGGUGAAGCGCACAGUGCCCAAGUCGGCUAACAAGAUUCACGCCGUCGCCGUCGCCAAACUUUACGUCGCCUACCCCGACCGUCACCGAUGGACGUACACUGGUCUGCAGGGUGCCGUGGUGCUGGCGAAUGACCUCGUCGGCCAUACCUUCUGGCUCAAGCUCGUGGACAUAUCGCCCGCCAGCCGCGGCGUCAUUUGGGACCAGGAGAUCUACGACACCUUUUCCUACAACCAGGACCGCGUCUUCUUCCACACGUUUGAACUCGAGAACUGCCUGGCAGCCCUGUCAUUCGCCGACGAGAAGGAGGCCAAGACGUUCAAGAAGAAGAUUGAUGACCGCGAGAAGAAUGCGCACAAGAAUACAAAGAACAAGCCGUUUGGCUUGUCGAGUGGAAACAGCAUGCCUCCCAUGAACGGCAAGGGCGGGGCUGGUGGCAGCCAUGGUCUUCUUGGAGGCUUGUUUGGACAUCGCCGUGCCUCGCAGUCUGGACCACCACCGCAGUCCAUCAUCCCGCCCACGUCGCUCACAUCGCCCUCGCAAAGCAGCCACUCCAAUGCAACCAGUGCGCGAAGCUCGGCAAUCGAUACCACAGAUCCCUCAUGGCAGCCGCUGCUCAAGGAACUACUGGCCAUGGGCAUUACCGAAGACCAGAUUGAGGAGAACGCUGACUUUAUUAAGCUGUACAUUGAGCAGAGAAAGACCGAGGAGAAGCUCAAGGAGGAGACCGGUGAGCGCAGAGCCAGAGCGCCUCCACCGCCUCCACCGAGUGCUCCUCCCGGAAGAGCGCCCAUUAGUCCUCAGACUACAGGCACCUCACAAUCUUCGAGGCGAGGACCCCCACCUGCGCCUCCGCCAGCACGAAGGACAAAGGCCGACGCAUCAGCAAUCAAUCGCAACUCUUCUGCCAGUCCAUCACCCUCUCGAGAGGCGACACCGCCGCCAGGGCCACCGAAACCAGUCUUCAGGGCACCUCCACCCAUUGCUGAAGCCGGCAAGUUUGCCAACAUGGCUCCACCUUCGAACCGAGCACGAGCUUCAUCCAAUGUCACAAAUCCCGGUCCUCCGCCGCCUCCACGGCCGUCUAAGACACCUGUACCCGACGAGGAUAAACCGGCAGGAGGCAAAUUCGCUGUACCUCCUCCCUUUGCUGGAAGUCGUCUUCCUUCAGGACCACCUCCACCUCCCCCAAGUCGCGGGCCGGUACCGCCACCACCACCAGCGCGGGACACUCCCUCUGCACCCCCGCCGUUGCCCCCGAAGUCUGCCACGGCUCCAGUUCCACCUCCACCGCCGCCGAUGAACAGCAUUCCUCCACCGCCCCCACUACCAUCUUCCUCCUCACGCCCUGUACCACCUCCCACUGCAGCACCGGCUCCUCCGUUACCACCACCUACAAAUGUCGCACCCGCUCCACCACCGAUGCCAGGAAGAUCGAUUCCCCCACCCCCUCCCAUGCCAAAUAGCGCCGUGCCGCCCCCUCCACCCAUGCCCACGAGCGCCGUGCCUCCACCACCACCAAUGCCAAGUACAGGCGCACCUCCGCCUCCGCCCCCCAUGCCCGCAGGCUCUGGGCCACCCCCACCACCACCCAUGCCUUCUCGAGAUGCUGCUGCGCCGCCACCACCGCCCCCACCAGGCGCGGCACCCUUACCCAAGCCCGCGCCUGAACGAAGCGGUCUGUUGGCCGACAUUCGCAGCGGCGCCAGGCUGAAGAAGGUGUCUGACCAGGAAAAGCGCGAUCGUAGUGCGGCUGCUGUCCCGGGCUCGGAAACCGCGGCUGCUGGUGGAUCGAGUGGGGCUGCGACGCCCGGGGGUGAAGCCGGGUUGGCGGGUGCAUUGGCGAGUGCGUUGGCGGCGAGGAAGGCUAAAGUUAGUCAUAGUGACGAUGAGUCGGAUAAGGAUGAUUGGUAG